CUGUGUUACAGAUACAGGAGCUGCACAGUGUUGGUUUCAGAUAUUAAAUGAACAGCAUUCUAAUAUGCCUUGGAAUAUGAAAUUAGUCAUGAUAUUUUUUGCACUUGGAGACGUGCUGCUGGUUUCCACAGAGCAACUUCAUACAGCAAUAAUUAAAAUUGGCAAAACGACUGCAGUGGAAGGGGAGACCAUUGAAUUCAGAUGUGUGACAUCAGCUGUGCACAGAGAACAACCAGACAACAAGGGGAGGAAUUGGUUCCAUUUUUAUAAAAACAGAGAGAAGAUCAGCUCACUGAGGGAGCCUGGAGGAAGGGGAGCUGUCACAUUUACAAAACAAGACAUCACAAAGAAUGACACUGGAAACUAUACCUGCAUGUAUGGGAAUGAGAAUCCAGGAGAUGUGAAAAACAUCAGCCAUGGCUCUUCAGUUUAUCUCAAUGUAGAAGGUAUGCUCACACUUCAACUACCCAAAGAAAUUGCAAUGGAAGGAAUGGACGUAUCAUUUAGAUGUAUGAUACCAGCUGAACUCAGAGAUGCAGCAGGAAAAGAAGACUUUUUCCACCUGUAUAGACGUGUCGAUUCACAAGCCGUUCCCAAAGAUGUACCAGGUGUCACGUUUUCCAUUAAAGAAGUUAAGAAGAGUGACACUGGAAACUACACCUGUGUGUAUGGAAAAGAGAAGCUUGUGAACUCAGCAAACAGCAAACACAGUCACCCAGUCUACCUUCAUGUGACAGGUAAGGACUGA